AUGCUGAGAGGAACGAACGGGGACGGCGACGACAAGCAGGGGACAAGUGAGGAAGAGGAAGAGAACAAGGACAAGAAGAACGAGGAAGAAGAAAAUGAUGAAGAACCAACUACGAGCGACGAAGAAUUCAUUGACAACGACGAGGAUGGCGAUAUUCAGAGCGACGCCACUUACACCGACUAUGAGGACUCGGAAGAUCUUGAUUCUCCUGAAGGACGCUCGGACUCUUUAGGAAGUGGUGAGGAGUAG